UCAUUGACCCUCUUCCCCCUCGUUCAGUCCACAUUUCCUCCGAAACAACCAAAUCCCUCUUUAUUUAUUUUUGCUUCCGAUCACAUUAACACCCUCGAUUAUCCUCUAAUUUACGAGAUCUACCGUCGUCAUCCCCGGACCCUAUCCGGAGCCAUGUAUUCGAACAUGCUGGUAAACUGCUCCGGCUGCCGGACGCCAUUACAGCUGCCUCCGGGAGCGCAAUCAAUCCGCUGCGCGAUCUGUCGCGCAAUCACGCAUAUCGCAGACCCUCGCUCUGUGCCUACUCCUCCUCAUCAUACCGCGGCAUCUCCGUCUCCUCCUCCGCCGCAACUUCCCUCUCCGUAUAACCACGCUCCACCGGGUCCGGCUCCGAACGCCCACGGGAGGAAGAAAGCGGUGAUAUGCGGGAUAUCGUACAGGUACUCGAGGCAUGAGCUGAAGGGUUGUAUCAAUGACGCCAAGUGUAUGAAGUAUAUGCUGGUCAACAAGUUCCAGUUCCCUGAAGAGUCUAUUCUCAUGCUCACUGAAGAACAGACCGAUCCUUACAGAAUUCCUACUAAAAACAACUUGAGGAUGGCAUUGUAUUGGCUUGUACAAGGUUGUCAACCAGGAGACUCCCUGGUAUUUCACUAUUCUGGCCAUGGUUCACGGCAGAGGGAUUAUAAUGGUGAUGAAGUUGAUGGAUAUGAUGAAACUCUAUGCCCUCUAGACUUUGAGACUCAGGGUAUGAUUGUUGAUGAUGAGAUCAAUGAUACAAUUGUCAAACCUCUUCCACGUGGCGUCAGACUCCAUGCAAUUAUUGAUGCUUGCCAUAGUGGCACUGUUUUGGAUUUGCCGUUUCUUUGCAGAAUGAAUCGGAGUGGGCAGUACAUCUGGGAGGACCAUCGACCACGGUCAGGUUUAUGGAAAGGAACUAGUGGUGGAGAGGCAAUAUCUUUCAGCGGUUGUGAUGACGAUCAAACUUCUGCUGAUACAUCCGCUUUAUCAAAGAUCACAUCCACUGGUGCCAUGACUUACUGCUUCAUCCAAGCCAUUGAGAGAGGACAAGGUAAUACAUAUGGGAGCAUUCUCAAUUCCAUGCGUGCUGUCAUCCGAAGUACAGGCAACGACUUUGGUGGUGGUGGUGGUGGUGCUGUGACGUCUCUCCUUACCAUGCUUUUGACUGGAGGCAGUGCUAUUGGUGGGCUGAGACAGGAACCGCAGCUAACCUCCUGCCAGCCGUUUGAUGCGUAUGCAAGACCUUUCUCCCUCUGAUUUCUCUUAUAUAUUUACAGAUUGAUCAUUGUAGCGGAAAAAUAAGAACAGGGUUUCUUGAUUUUUAGCAAUACACCCUCUGUUUGGAAAUUUGUUGUAUAGAAUUGAUUGCAUUGAGGGGAGAAGUUCUAUAUGUGGCAUACUGAAAUAUUUAUGCGUGCCUUUUUUAUUUUGGAGUAUUUUUGUUAUAUAUACAUGUUAUUUUAGUUGCUUAACAGGAAAUUUAAAGAGUUCUACUUUUAA